AGAAAGGGCAGAUCCAAUCCGGUUUCAGCUAGUUUCUGUUCCGAUAGAACACUUAUGCUGGCUUCAAUUUUUCGAAGACACUUCGAAUUUUACGCUAAACCUUUAUCAGGGCUUAAGCUGUUUUAGUUUCCCUUUUCUUUUAAUAGCGUUCAAGUGUAAAGCAGCCAUGCCUAAAAGAAGCAAAGCUAACAAUGGCACUGAAGCAGCUGAGCCCAAGAGAAGAUCAGAGAGACUUCAAGCUAAACCUGAAACGCCAAAGUCUGAGCCCAAGCCAAAGAAGGCACCUGUCAAAGGCAAGAAGACCAAAGUUGUAGAAAAGGCUAAACCAGAGGAGAAGAAAGAGGAUGCAAAGCGGGAGGCAGAGGAGACGACACCUGCAGAAAAUGGAGAGGCCAAAGCUGAGGAAGAAACUAAUUCCGAUGGAGAGGCAGCAGAUGAGAAGUCAGAGGAGGCUUCUAAAUAGCAUUGUGUUUGACCAGACCCCAUACCUCUUUUCUUGUACAAUACAGAGGAAUAUUUUUGUCUUUUUUUUUUUUUGUCCAAUAUUAAAAGCUCAUUUUAUAGAUAAUGUUCAAGAGAAAAGCCUUAUAAGAGGGAUUCCAUCUUAUCCCACUCCAGUUCUCCUGAAAAACUGUAGUCAUGAAGCAACUUGAUUUCCUCUUAUUUUGUUCUUUCUCUUUGUUUUAACUGUUUUUUAGAAGGGAGGGAAUGAGACAGAGUGUGACAGAUAACGUGAUUAUGCCAUUUGUUUUUAAAGAUGACAAAAAAAAAAUCAAGUCUUUUGAACUGAAACUGGGAGUUUGCCUGAGACACUAACAUUCCAUGGGCGAUAUGAGGGAUGUGCCUGUAUUGUAUGGGAAGGGGGUUCUACAAGAAAAUUCUUAUUGUUUCUAAAGGGUUGGGAUUGAUUGUAAGCUGUGUUCUAUAAAAUUAAACAAAUGAUGAAUCAACAGCUUUGGUAAAUUAUCCUGCUCACUACUGGAAUGCUUAUCUGAUGUGUGAAUUACAAUGAGUUUUGUCUUUGUUUGGUGAUAGCAUUGCCAGAACAUUGUUGUGUAGCUGCUGUUUUUCAAAAUUUCUAUAUGCAGUAUGUGAUGGUACUUUAAGAGGAUAAAAAAAUAAAUGGAAUUGUGUGUUUAGUAAAGCUAAUAACACAACUGUGCUACAGUGUUAAACAUGCAGGUUGUAGCUGAUGUUGAUACGAAAAUUACUGUAAUUUCAUUCAUGUGAACAUGCCAGCAGUAGCAAUAUCACAUUGUCUUUAGUUUAAGUAUAAAUGUACAGUUCACUUUUUUAUUUCAGUUUAUGUUGCUGUAUCUGCAAUGAUUGGUUUAACAUGCCAAUAAAACAGUUGUCAUUUCACCUUA